AUGAUGUGCAACUGCUUGGAACGAGCACGCACACCACUCCUGCAAGAGGGGUCGCAUGGCAAGGCCAGCCGCCGAAAAAUCGCGGGCCGCCUUGUUGAGGUUUUAAAUGACCACUACUUCAAGGAGCUUCGCGAAAAGCACAAGGUGCCGGAAGACUUCCUGGAGAGUGGGGAGACACAGGCCCUGAACCUGGAGCUCCCGAGGAUGGAGUCGACACUGGGCAAAGGAGGCAGCGAGCAAUUCAACAGCAGUUGCCGGCGCUACGUGGUAAAGACGCUCUCGAAGGAUGACCACAAGGCAUUGCUUCGACUGGCCGGCCCGCUGGUGGACAGACUGCUUCAGAACCGCACCUUGAUGUGCCCGAUCUAUUUGCACUUCAAGGACGUUGCCACAGGCCGCUUUUUCAUGGCCAUGCGCAACCUGACGGAGGUUGGACCUUGGGCAGUGAAAUACGACCUCAAGGGCUGCGAUGAUGACAAGACCAUUGAGCUCAAUGGCAAGCCCAUCAAUCCGGUCCGGAAGCGCUUCUAUCGCCCGCACAUGUGGUGCCAGUGCAUGUGGUCGCCCGAGCGAUGGUUGUACUAUCAGGGCAAGGUUCAGGCAAGAUCGUUGCGGCUUGGCGUAGCUGACUCCCAGCGCGAGGAGGUGAUGCAGCUCAUCAAGUCUGAUGCAGAUUGGCUGAUUAGCCACAAUGUCAUGGACUACUCCUUGCUGGUUGCAGUGCGACGGCUGCCCCCAGAAGUUGCCAAGAAUUGCGGAGCAGGAGGCCUUGACUCAGUGGCUUCUCGCGGCGAAGCGGCAUCUGGCUCGCGUCGGUGGGCCAUGCUCGAUAAGACGACCGGGGAACUGGUGGUGCUCCACUUAGGCAUUAUCGAUUUUCUGCAGCCCUGGACACCAAGCAAAGUGGCUGCCAUGUACAUCAAGUCCUUUGAGUUCAACAAGGCCACGGUACCUCCCCCUCUCUAUGGGAGCAGGUUCGCGAAGCACUUUGAGGAGCGGCUCUCGAAAGAUGACACUCUCACUGCGCAGUCGGAAGCGGUAACGUAUGCAGCCGAACGCUGGUGCCUUGAGCAUGAUGGCAUCAACGGCAUCAGCAAUGGAGACGAUGUUCAGGAUGCUGAUGGUGCAGCCGACAUGACAGGGCUAUGGACGACGAACCUUCGAGAGAUGGCGUUUGCCACCUCCAAGUUGCCUUUGGGCAACCUGACUGUGAAACUAAAAGCAGAAUCCUUCGUCAAGUCGGACACGGACGUUGGCGAGAUCGGGGGCAUUAGGCUCAUGACGUCUGGCGGGCACUGCAUUAGCUGCACCACACCCUUGCGAUGCUCUUCGCUGGAUGAGCCACUCAAGGGGAUGAACGUGGCCAAAGCCUGCAAUCCGCAGCCCAAGCCUGGCGACAUGUUCAGCUGGAAAGUGGACCCAAAGUCAGCUUAUGACAUCCGGGUGGACUUCCCGUUGGAAAAGCUCAACGGGCAGCUGGACUUUGUUGUCGAGAUCCUCUCUGCAUUGGACCUCUCAGGUACUAACAACGACUUGAAGAAGGGUCGACAGGUGACUAGCUGGAUAUCCACUGUCGUCAUCGGAACCGAAGACCACGCGGCCUGGAUGAAGGUUGCGGUGAACAUGAACGGCGACUUCAGGAAAGUCGUACUGGGGCGACAAGCAGCUGAGUUCGCGGCCUCGGCGAAGGACAUAUAUGCCGGCGAAUGUGCGAGGCCCAAAGAUAUCAGCGGCUAUCACGUGACGGAGCUCAGCAUGGCCCGGACGCAGCUCAAUGUUUUGGCAGCCUGCGCAUCCAAGUACAUAGGUGUGGCAAAAGUUACAGGCUGCCAAGCCCAUGGCGAAGCCUAUGCACUGUCCGGCUGCGAUCCGGAGAAGUGCAUUGCACCUGCUACGCUCACUGGCUAUGUCGUCAAAUCGGUGGACGUACAGCGUCCCUUCUUCACUGCCGACGCCAUUUGUGACAAUGAGAACGGUUACUACGGCACGGCCACUGCGGAGGUAUGUCCUUCCAAUGGUCAAGAGUACACUUUGUGGGGCUGCGACACUACAACGACAACCAGUACUACGACAACCACCUCGACGACAACGACGACCACAACCACAACAACCACAACUACGACGACUACUUCAACGACGACCACAACUACGACUACGACCACAACCACCAGCACAACAACCACUACAACUACCACGACCACCACUACGACCACGUCCACCACUACGACCACCACGACGACAAGCACGACCACCACAACAACGACAUCCACAACGACGACGACGACCACGACAUCUACUACAACCACCACAACGACCACCUCCACAACCACGACUACGACGACUACCACCAGCACGACUACAACCACCACCACCACUUCCACCACAACGACCACUACGACCACUUCUACCACGACCUCAACCACGACCACUACGUCCACCACUACAACCACUACGACCACCAGCACAACCACUACCACAACUACAACGACCUCCACAACGACCACGACCACCACAACCAGUACUACCACGACCACCACUACCUCAACGACGACAACAACCUCGACAUCAACAACGACGACCACCACAACCACCACGACUACAACAUCCACUACCACUACGACCACUACUUCGACGACGACAACAACGACCACGACCUCCACAACGACGACCACCACCACGACAUCCACAACAACGACCACAAGCACCACAACCAGCACUACCACCACGACUACCACAAGUACUACGACGAUCACCACCACCACUACCACGACCACUACGACGAGCACGACCACAACCACUACCUCAACUAGCACAACCACUACCACCAGCACAACAACUACCACGACCACAACCACAACCAGCACAACCACUACCACCUCCACCACGACCACUACAACCACAACGACUACCACGACCACCACAUCAACGUCCACAACAACCACCACCACAACAAGCACAACAACUACAACAACAACCACAAGUACGACAACCACCACAACGAGUACUACGACAACAACCACCACGACAACCACAUCCACAACCACUACAACAACGAGCACAACGACGACAACUACUUCGACCACGACCACCACGACGACUUCAACAACAACUACGACCACGACCAUUCAUGGUACAUGCUUGUCACCUCCAAAUGCCGUGGGAUAUGUCAUCGACGAGAAGAGCCUCUGGUGGUCCUCAUUCGAUGUUGUGGUCAAAUGCGACACGCCUACCUACAUCGGGCACGCGAAGGUCGAGGUGUGCACGGACAAGGAGAAGCCUUACUUGAUCCACGGUUGUGCGAAGUAUAUCAACUGCAAGACUCCAGCCAGCACACGAGGCUACGUGAUCACCGAGACUGGCACCGAACUGCACAACUGGGAUGUGAAGGCACAGUGUGCAGCGCUGUACCACGGCGCUGCGAAGGUAACCGAGUGUGACGACAACGGCCUGCCCUACGGCAUUUCAGGCUGCGAGCCUGACACAUGUAUCGAUCCCACUGACACCACGGGAUACGACCUGACGGUGCAAGAGCUGGAGCUUUGGAAGUUCAGUGCGACCGUUUCAUGUGCAUCCGGCUACAUUGGCGAUGCCAAAGUGGAGAAGUGCGACGGUCAUGGGCUGCCAUACAAGAUUGAUGGCUGUCUGCCUACUACCACUACCACAAGCACCACGACCACCACGACUACCACAACGAUUGACGAGCCAUGCUUUGCUCCGAAGAACGCUGAUGGGUACAAGGUCACUGAGAACAGCUUGCAUUGGACAUCUUUCGAUGUCACAGCAACGUGUGCGGAUCGCUUCUACGGGCACGCCCACGUCAAGAUUUGCACCAAGCCUGAUAUGAUCUACUACCUUUCAGGCUGCACCCGCGUGGUUACCUGCAAGACACCGUCAGACACCCUGGGCUACCAUGUCAAGGAGUCCAACCUUGACACUCACCAGUGGGAUGUGACAGCAUCAUGUGCUCCGAAGUUCCACGGCACCGCGAAGGUGACAGAGUGCGAUGAGGACACGUACCCUUACAGCCUCGCCGGCUGCCAGCCGGACACAUGCACUGGUCCAUCGGAUACCACCGGCUACAAAUACACUGCGAAGUCCCUUGCGAUGCACAACUUCGAUGUGUCGGUGGAGUGUGCAGAUGGCUAUGAGGGCGAUCCUGCGGCCGCCGUUUGUGAGGGCCAUGGUCAAGUCUUCACGAUUGAUGGAUGCCACACCACAACUACCACAUCUACAACUACAACUACCACUACUACUACCACUACAACCUCUACUUCCACCACAACGACGACGACUACAACUUCGACCACCACAAGCACUACCACCAGCACUAGCACCACAACAACGACGACUACCACAUCUACCACAACCUCCACGACCACAACAACGAUUACAACAACCACGACCACAACCACAACCACCAGCACGACAACCACUACCACCACGACUUCGACAACCACAACAACGACCACUACGUCUACAACUACCAUCACCACAACCACCACCACAACCACCAGCACCACUACCACUACAUCGACGAUCACAACCACCACUACCACGACGACCUCGACGACUACAACAACCACAAGCACCACCACGUCUACAACCACGAUUACCACAACGUCCACUACGACGACGGUCACGAUUCCGAAGCUGGUGUGUUCCGCACCGCUGGAUACCACAGGCUACCUGAUCUCCGAGCACAACUUGAUCCAGGAGGAGUUCAAGGUUACAGCAGAAUGUUCCCAAGAGUACAUCGGCAACCCUUCUGUGGUCACAUGCACCGAGGAAGAUAGCACCUACAAAUUGAAGGGCUGUGAAAAGAAGGUCUUCUGUUAUGCACCGACGGUGCUAGGCUAUCAUGUCGACGAGAAGAGCCUGGUUAUGCAAGCCUUCGACGUAACUGCGAAGUGCGCUGAUGGCUUCCACGGCUCCGCGAAGGUCACUGCAUGCUCCAAGGAGGGCGCAUACAGCGUCACUGGCUGCACGGAAAACCUGUGCACAGCGCCGAGCACGGUAGGUUAUGCUGUCAAGGAGGUGGAACUGCGAGAGCACUCCUUCAAGGUCACAGCAACUUGCGACACCGGCUAUGAUGGAACCGCCGUGGUCGAGCCAUGCAAAAUUCACAAGGGCCAAUACGUCCUCAAGGGCUGCACGAGAGACGAGGUCUUCUGUGUUGCCCCCACCGUCACCGACGGCUAUGACGUGACGGAGACGGAUCUCCGAGUGGAUGAGUUUGAAGUGAAAGCAAGCUGUGCUUCAGGAUACACAGGCAGUGCAAAGGUCACGAAAUGCUCAGGUGCUACAGACAAGGUUGCGACCUCGUACACCCUCGAUGGCUGCACAAGCACAAGCCAGAGAGCGCCCAACCAGAAAAUUUUCUGCGUUGCCCCUGCUGUUACCGACGGCUACGACGUCACUGAGACAGAUCUCAGAGAGCACGUGUUCCAAGUUACGGCCAGAUGUGCUGCAGGAUACUCUGGCACCGCAAAGGUGUAUCGAUGCACGGGAUCCACAGAAGAGGUGGCCACUUCCUACACUCUCAGUGGGUGCACACGGCGCUAA